CCUCCCUGAAAUGGCUGGUUCCUUGGGGACUUUGGAGCUGGAGUGGGUGGCUUCUUCCCUUCUUCCCAUGACUCAUUUCCCUGCUCCUCAAAUCCGGUCCCAGGCCUUCAAAGAGAGACCCUUGGGAUCUUUUUUUCUUUUUCCUCCAUGGCAUAUGGGCACAUCUAUGUAGUGUCAAGGUUUGAGCAUUUGAUUCUGGAGACCUGGGUUCAAAUCCCAGCUCGGCCAUGGACACUCCACUUUGGUCAAGUUGCACUGUCUCAGCCGCUCAGCAUGGCAAGGGCAAACCCAAACUGGCCAAGAACACCCUCCACAAUAGUUUUUCCUAGAGGGCUUUUGCAAACUAAUUCCAGCCUAGCAAAUUUUCCUUUUUUGUCCUCCAGCAUCCUAGGUCUGUUCUUAAGUCUCUCUCUCUCUGCAAGGAGAGGUGCCAGGGAUUUCAAAACCAGCCAGCCCAUUUUCUUCCAACCCCUCCUUCUUUCCUUCUUCCCUUCCCUCCUUCCUUGCCUCCCACCCUCCUUCUGUUUCUUUCUCUCCCUCCAGUAGUGUGAGAAGCAGCUUUCCACCGAGUUGUGUGUUUGAUGCACCAACUUCUCUUGCGCCCAGGUGGAAAAAGCCUUUGCCUUCGCCGCCUACUGAUGCAGCUAAAAAACCUUCUAUCUGGACAGAGGAAAAGGAUGGAUUCGGAGCCAUCGUAACGAGGGUCUCCUUUGUCAGAGCGCCUCAGCUCUUUGCAGCAACCUGCCUUGAAACUGCAGCACCCAAGAUGGACCAGGUGAAGCCUUUGAAGGGUGAUUUCGCAGCUUUGGGAGGCGAGCGCUUCAGGUUUUGCCACAUGAGGUUGUGCUGAGGGACAUUGUGGUGGCAGCCAUCCCACAGACAAAGGAUGUGGGACGGUACCCCACCAUCCCUGGCCAUGGACAAUGGGAACUUUAGUCCGGUGUACAGCCUCGGUUCCUGCUUCCGUGGGGUCAACGUCUCGGAGGACUCUCGGGCGUCCAUUGCAUCGCCAUGGUUCUCGACCACCUUCGGCCUCAUUGGCCUCUGCUCCAACCUCUUUGCCUUGUGUGUCUUGGUCAACUCCUCCCGGAAGAUGCACAGCCGCUCCCGUUCCUCCUUCUUGAUCUUUCUCUGCGGCCUGGUGGUAACCGAUUUCUUGGGCCUCCUCUUGACCUUCUCCAUCGUCAUCCCUUACCACUUCCUCCGCUUCGACUGGCGCCGGGUUGACCCCGGGUGCCACCUCUGCAACUUCAUGGGCCUCGUCAUGGUCUUCUUCGGGCAGUGCCCUCUCCUGCUGGGGGCCACCAUGGCUGGAGAACGCUUCCUGGGCAUCAACCGGCCCUUCUCUCGAUCCACCAGCAUGUCCAAACGCCGGGCAUGGGCCUUGGUUGGUGUGGUAUGGGCCUUGGGGUUCCUCUUGGGUGUCCUGCCCAUCUUGGGCUUGGGGGACUAUACCCUCCAGUACCCCAAAUCUUGGUGUUUCCUCACAUUGGUCCACGAUGCUAGGAAUGUGGCGUUCUGCCUCCUUUUUGCCCUCUUGGGCCUCUUCUGCGUGGGCCUCUCUUUCCUCCUCAACACGGUCAGCGUGGUGACCCUUUGCCGAGUCUACCACGACUCCGAGUCCGUCCAGCGCCGAAGGGACAGCGAGGUGGAGAUGAUGGUCCAACUGGUGGGCAUCAUGGUCAUUGCAAGUGUAUGCUGGCUUCCUCUACUGAUACUCAUUGUCCAGACGGCUCUCCAGAAACCCUCUCCUGGGUUGGAGCCCAACCAGAUCCCUCACGAGACGGAGAAGCUGCUGCUCAUCUACCUCCGGGUGGCCACUUGGAACCAGAUCCUCGACCCUUGGGUCUACAUCCUUUUCCGCCGGGCCGUCCUGAGGCGCAUCUACCCCAGUUUCAAGCCAAGGCCCUCCAUCAUCUCCCUCUACCCUGUGAUCAACCCAUCCCUUCGUCGGAAAUUUACCCAGGAGUCGGUCCUCCAGUAGAAGAAGCAUCUGCAAUGUGUUUAGCGGAGAGGGGAGCAGUCCCAUCCAAAAUGGAGGCUUCCCUCCCCAAGACAGUAAAGCCUAGUGGUUAUAGCAGUGAUUCCCAAAGUUUGGUCCUCCAGG